UUUCUGCAAGAGAUAAAGAUUUUUCCUUGCUCCCAUCUUGACAUGCAGAUUAUGAAUGCAGGAUAUCUUUACAGAAGACACUGUAUUAACUGUCACAUCUGCUCAGCACCAAUGCAACAACAUCCAAAUGUUCACCAAAAAAAAUUCAACAGCAACAGCACCAAAGGUGCAGGUGUUGUAUGCUGGAUACCUGUACAAGUCCCCUAACCUUUCUAAGCCUGCAAAAUUCAUGAAACGAUGGAGGCAUCGCUUCUUUGUACUUUCUAAGGCGGGUGAGGACAACUAUCAGCUGGCAUACUAUAAAAAUAAAGAAAAAAUGGAGAAGCCUUUAGGAGAAAUAGACCUUUCUAUGCUCAGGUUAAUUUGUACCGGUCCUGAGAAACAUCGGAUGUGGGAAUGGAUUUACAAAAACUUUAAGUGCCUCCCGUCCGCUGUACUGUUUCUGAGAGUGGAGGACUUCAUGCUAAAAUACACAAAAGACUAUUUCCUCAUUGGAGAAAACAGUGAGGAUGUGAAUGGCUGGCACAAUGAGUUACUGAAAGUUAUAAAGACUCAACCAUCACAAAAUAAAGAAACAGACUAUGACCUUCAACAGUUGACCAGAUAUCUGUCCAAGUCUCAAGGUUAUAAUAAGCCGGAUCUAACUGAAGCACCGCCAGAUGACGACUACAACAUUUUGAGGAAAGUAACUGAUAGUCAAUCUUAUCUAUUUCGGCAGUCUGAACCUAUAUAUAAAUUCAUUUCCCCUCCAUUGCCGGAUGGUAACUACAAUAUUCCUCGCAUGGCUAGUGAUAUUACAUUUAGUGAUGAUGAUGAAGAUGACACAGAAGAACAGCCUGAAACUUCAGAGGACAACAUCAACAGUGAAUGCAUGUCUAUGUUUUCAGUAAAACAGGUGUUGCAACAGAACCAACAGGAGGAGGAUGCAUGCUUUCAGAAAAAUAUGCACACCAACGGUCUUGAUUCUUCCUAUGACUUGUGUAAUGGUGCAGGCAAUCCAAUGAAACGAAACAGUGCAGAGCUGAGGUGCCCCAUGGGGUCUCUUUCAUACUUUUCAGACUUUAAUGGAAAUUGUGCCUAUAUUGAGAUGAAUAAGGGAUCCACAAGCAAGAGUGAAACACACAAACCCGUUGAGAAGGAGAUCUGCAUUAACCGAAAUGAUCUUUGUAAAGGUUUGAUCUUCACACAGAAAGAAGGAAAGCCAUGUGUGUCUGAGUGUAAGACUGAGACCUCACAUUUGUUUCAUAAGGGGGAUCAGAUCCUGGCCUUCAAUGACAUGCAAAUAGAGACAGUAGAUGAGAUACAUACAUUCCUAAGAAGGUUUAGCAGGGAUGAGGUAAAACUGACUGUUCUACGAUAAACUCGGAUAAACUCUGUUCAUCAUAUUAAGGAUAUGAAACAUAAUGAGGACACUUCAUUCAGUUGUUCGUUCAUUAGAAGCACUUCUUCUUUUAGUGAUUUAUAUAAACUGGCAACCAGGUUAUAAGAUAGUAUUAAGUAAGAUUUGUUGAUCUUAAACUGUUACUGAUUUACAUAAAUUUGUAACACUGUAUAUAUUGUAUAUAACAGUGUAUAUGAUACUGGUGAUGCAUGUAUAUACUCUGAUUAUAUAAAAAAAGAUUUCAAAUAAGAUGGAGACAAGUAUUAUGGUAACACAUAAUCCGUUAAUCCAUUACUAUAAGGUUAACUAUUUGUAAGCUACACUAAUUUUUACAAUGACACUCUUUAAUGUACCAUUUGUAUAAAACUUUUUUUUAAUUCUGUAUUUUGUUUUGAAAAUAUGUAACCAACGUCAUUAUGCCCAAAAUUAUUAUGCACUUAAAUUAUUUAUGUGAAC